AUGGCACGGAAACUGAGCCACCAGAGGGUCACUUAUGUGCUACCUCUGCCUGAUGCCCCCGGCGGGCACCGGCUGGGAGUUAAUGGCUUGACUGUUGACCGUCAAAACGCCAUCCUUUAUUCCGCUGGUCGUGACGGUGUCAUUUGUUCUUGGGACCUCGAUUCCUCUCAAAACUCUCUCCCUACCUCAACCGAAUCCUCAACCGACAACUCAAAGCCCGGCCCGACUCGUUUCAAGACUCAGGUACAGGCCCACAGCCACUGGAUCAACGAUAUUGUCUUAACCCAGGAUAACUCCGCGCUGGUAUCCGCGUCCUCUGACACAACUGUCCGACUCUGGCGACCACACUCCGCGUCAACCGAAGUUCCGGCGAGAAUCGGCAAACAUGCAGACUACGUCAAGGCAUUAGCGAGUCCAGGUGGUCAGGCGAGCUGGGUUGCCUCGGGAGGACUCGAUCAUAAGCUCUAUCUUUGGGAUCUGAAUGGAGGUGGAGAGAUCUUAAGCAUCGAUGCCUGCGGCGACGAUGCGACCGAAAAGGGCUCCGUGUAUGCGCUGGGCGCUGUCUCAUCAGUCCUUGCAAGUGGUGGGCCUGAGAAUGUCGUGCGAGUUUGGGACCCCAAAUCUGGAAAACCGGUUACUAAGUUUGUUGGGCAUACGGAUAACGUGCGCGAUAUUCUGAUCAAUCAGAAUGGGGAUACAAUCAUGACUGCUUCGUCGGAUCAGACUAUCAAAGUCUGGUCAUUAACCGCUGGUCGUUGCAUGAAUACCCUGACAAUGCACAAUGAUAGCGUCUGGUCGCUCUACUCGGAUGAUCCGAACUUAUCGGUUUUCUACUCGAGUGAUCGCUCGGGUUUGGUUGCGAAGACAGAUACACGACGCUCAUCGGAUAUGGAGCAGGGUGUCUGUGUUGCGGCUCUACAGGAACAUGAGGGCGUGGUGAAAGUUGCCUCUUGUGGCGAUUAUAUUUGGACGGCUACGCCUAAGUCGAGUAUUAAUCGCUGGAAAGAUGUUGAUACUACGCUGGAGUUUGAGUCGCCGCCAGAUCCUGGUCGUACUAUUGACUCGACUACUGCUGCUGCGCCCGCUCCUUCAUCCGAUACUGAUAAAGCCGCCAAGAAGAUUCCGCUCAAAGCGAUGCUACAACUAUCGGCGACCUCGUCUUUACUCAGCGGAACUUCGUCAGGUGUUCAUACACCAGAGCCAGAUAUGGAGACUGAUCUGGGAUUGAAGAUCCCUGUUCAUUCAGUGCCGGAAGAAAGUAUUGAGGGCCAGCAUGGUCUUAUCAAGUGUCUAAUGUUGAAUGAUCGCAAGCGAACACUCACGCAGGAUUCAGCGGGUGAGGUUGUCUUGUGGGACUUGCUGAAGUGUGUCCCAGUGCAGCAAUUUGGCAAGCGUCAUCUCGAAGAUGUAGCGGACGAGAUCAAUACCACAGAGAGUAUUUCACAUUGGUGCACGAUUGAUAUCCGUACCGGCAGGCUCUCUGUGAUCAUGGAACCUAAUCGCUGUUUCGAUGCUGAGGUCUACGCAGACGAGGCUGGCCUGUCAGAGGAUGACCUUUCCCUGUUCCGAGACGAUCAACGAAUUAACCUUGGAAAAUGGAUUCUGCGCUGGCUGUUUGCUCCAUUGAUUGAUGAGCAGAUUCGACGCGAUACCGAGUACCGCGAGACUGCUGUGGCCAAGGCCGAGGAACUUGCCAAAUUAAAUCCUCUGAGCACCUCUCACCCUGCUGAUGGUAUUCCUCGCAGUGUGGGAAUUCCAAUCUCGCAAGAUCCAUCCAUGGCGACCCUACGUCCAGGUAUGGACUUCCCAGGAAGCCCCAAUACCACUGGAUUUGGAAUCAACGUUGGUACACCCUCAUCGGUGAACUAUCUCAGUACUUCGAUGGCGAGCAGCCUUUCUCCUUUCCCCAACUUUGAGGUUGACACUCCAGAUGCUUUGCCAUCUCAUCCGAAUCCCGAUGCUGUGCCGUCUUCCUUUUCAGACAGGUCGAGCGAUUAUUUCAACCUGAGACAGGGGCAGGAUAGUGACAAAGUGCCCAUGUCUCCUUCGGACGCGAAUUCUCAAUCUGGAUUUCCCCAAUCUCCCGUUGAACCGGACGAGAAGGACCGCAAGAAGGGAUCCUUGUUUGGGAAGAAGUUCCGCAUGCCGGUCAUGAAAGCCCUGAACCGAACUUCUACCGAUCAGAAGCCACAGAUCCAGGAAGAAAAGAUUGAAGAAUCCGAGGUAUCAUCCAUCAAGGAGGAGAAGGUCUACGAAGCCAACCUUAGUGGUGUUGUUGAUCGUAUUCGGAAUGACUAUGAUGAAUUCUUGGCUGCAAACUCGACCCGAGAUUUGGUGACAGCUAUCACACCCAGUGAAAUGAGCGAGACUCCUCGGCUUGAUAUCCCCGCUCGGACUGCUGUCUUCAUUCAAGAGGAAACAGGCGAUACUGCAGUAGCCUCUGAUCUGUACCGUGGUAGCGUGGGCCGUAUCGGUGAGGAGAUUGAACGAUUGGAGACUGCCAUUCCGCAUUGGCUGGGUGAACUUCUUCUGAAGAAUCAAAUCCCGUUCAAGGAACAAGUCAAGAUUGCAUUCAUUCUGAAGCCACUAAAUGACGCCCUACCACCUGUGGUGAAGCCCGAAGUCGCGACUGCAAAUGGAGGUCCACCACCACCAAACGCAAAUGGCAACAAUAGCUCUCGGCUGAAUGCUAAUCGCAUGCUCCGUGCUAAGAAGAUCCUAGCCUACGUGGCUGAGCGCAUUGACCCACAUUACCCUGAUGAUCCGGAGGGUAGCGGACUGCAACCAGAGGAGUAUCUCGAGCUGUACUGCCAGAAGAUCCUCUGCCCACCCAACAUGACCUUGGCCACAAUCCGUCAACAUCUGUGGAGAACCUCCGGUGAUAUGAUUCUUUACUAUAAGGCGAACGGCAAGAAGGAGAUCCGAUCUCCACCGUCCCUUCCGGGAACAACGAGAAUCAUGGAGCUAACGCCGAGACCGGGACCUCAAAUGGGGACAACAGCGCACAUCCUGCGAGUAUUCAUUCGAUGA